UCCAGAUUUUGUAAGAAAAUUUAUAAUGGACUACUUCUUUGAAGAAAGAGAGAAUCUGCGAUUUGAUUUGAUUUUUUGGGACAGAUGUUUUGUACACUUGGAGAAAUAGUGGGAUCACAGGGGAGCAGACUGGAAAAAUCAAUUGUAGGAAUUCCUGGGAAGAAGUGUGGAACAGUCAUAGUAACAGCAGAGGAACUAGGGUGUUGCAGAGAUUCAGUUUUAAUGCAAUUUUGUGCAAACAAGCUAGACAAGAAGGACUUCUUUGGGAAAUCUGAUCCUUUCCUUGUAUUUCAUCGAAGCAAUGAAGAUGGCAGUUUUACAAUCUGCCACAAAACAGAGGUUGUAAAAAACACAUUAAAUCCAGUGUGGCAGGCAUUCAAGAUUUCUGUCAGAGCACUGUGUAAUGGAGACUAUGACCGGACAAUUAAAGUAGAAGUAUAUGACUGGGAUAGAGAUGGAAGCCAUGAUUUUAUUGGAGAAUUCACAACAAGUUACAGAGAGUUGUCGAGAGGCCAAUCUCAGUUCAAUGUUUAUGAGGUAAUAAAUCCAAAGAAAAAAGGAAAAAAGAAAAAGUAUGUUAAUUCUGGAACAGUAACAUUGCUUUCCUUCCUAAUUGAAACAGAAGUUUCAUUCCUUGACUAUAUUAAAGGCGGAACCCAAAUCAAUUUCACAGUCGCUAUUGAUUUCACAGCCUCCAAUGGUAACCCUUCACAGCCAACUUCACUGCACUACAUGAACCCCUAUCAGCUGAAUGCUUAUGGCAUGGCAUUGAGAGCUGUUGGUGAAAUAAUUCAGGACUAUGAUAGUGAUAAAAUGUUCCCAGCUCUAGGUUUUGGAGCUAGACUGCCUCCAGAUGGGAGAGUAUCACAUGAAUUUGCACUGAAUGGAAAUCCUCAAAAUCCAUACUGCCAUGGAAUUGAUGGUGUAAUGGAGGCAUAUUACAGGAGUCUAAAAUGUGUGCAGCUUUAUGGACCAACAAACUUUGCUCCUGUAAUUAAUCAUGUAGCCAGAUAUGCUGCUUCCGUAAAAGAUGGCUCCCAGUAUUUUGUUCUUCUCAUUAUUACAGAUGGAGUUAUAUCUGAUAUGGCUCAGACUAAAGAAUCCAUAGUGAAUGCUUCAAAGCUCCCAAUGUCCAUAAUUAUAGUGGGGGUAGGGCCAGCAGAGUUUGAUGCUAUGGAAGAACUGGAUGGGGAUGUAGUAAGGAUUUCUUCAAGAGGAAGGUUUGCAGAAAGAGACAUUGUGCAGUUUGUGCCAUUCCGAGAUUACAUUGACAGAAGUGGAAACCACGUGUUGAGCAUGGCAAGACUUGCUAAAGACGUAUUAGCUGAAAUCCCAGAGCAGUUUCUGUCCUACAUGAGAGUCAGAGGAAUAAAGCCAUCACCUGCACCACCCCCCUACACACCCCCGAUUCACGUGCUGCAGACUCAGAUAUGACUGCUCUCAAGCGUUCAUUUUCACAAAUCUCUGGAUGCAGCAGUAGCUUCUGAUAACUUUUUGGAGCUAGAAAAGUUCUCCUCACAUACCAAAAUUCUCCUAUAGUUGCAUAAGCAACUGUAAAGCUUUUAAAUGCUAGGAGCAAGUUGUUGAUGUUCUGAGACUUUUUUUUUUUUAAUCCAAACACCCUACUUUUUUGAUGUAUUUGUUGGAGGGGCGAAAGCACAAGUCAGGUUUUCAACUCAGAAGAUUGGGUCCUCUCUGAAUACUGUGUGUAUAUAAGUGUAUAGGAAUGCUAUUACUCUGUAUCAAUGUUUACAUGUUACUAUUUUUAAAUUUCAGUACUUUUAUAUCUAUUCUUAAGAAUAAAAGUUUGGAAUAUUGACUCACUUGUCUUCUAGCUUGCAAUAGUUUGUCACAAGAUAACAAGAGAAGCAAUAUCUCUUUGAAUGUUUGUCCAGACAAAUACAAAUGAAAGCUAAGAAAAGGACAAAUACAUUGGUGUGUUUUAAAGUAACUGAAGUGCUUCAAUCAGUGCUCAGUCCAUUCAUCUCAUGUACUGAAAAUUUCAGCUCCUAAAUGUGAACAGCAUAAUUGCAUAUGUCAUACUCCAGACUCUGAGGGGGAGGUAUGUGUAUUUUUUCACAGAUUCUCCAAUUUCUAAGUUUAUCUAAGUUUACAGUUUUUUAAACUAAGUACUGAAACAAAUUAGAAUAGUUACUUGCUAUAAUUAAUUAAAGAAAAUUACCUCAAUCCAGAACUAUCAGUGUUAUAGUUGACUCACUGAGCUCGUUAAAUCAUAUCAUGCAUUCCUUAAAGCACUGGAAAUCUUGCAUCAGAAAUGUCUUUUGAAGUGAUUACAGCAGAUGUUUUCUAGUGGAAAAUUUUAAACUUUAAAAAUUUAAAAUCUUAACUUUUUUUUUUGUCUAGAUUGCCCAUUCAAAGGGAUGCUGACUCUUAAUAUUUGGGUUUAAUAUUGUCAUUUAACCACAUUUCCAUUCAGGGUGCAUGAAUAAUAAAGUUAAUUAAGUGGUUUAAAAAUUGCACAACUAUGUUGCUUUGUGCACAAUUUUGUGAACAGAGCUACCCAAAAAAUUUAUUAUAUGCCUGUUCGUAUAUAAUUAUAAAAUGGUUUUGCAUGUAUAUUUUGUACAAAAUACACAGUUUUGUGAGUUUGUGUCAGAUACAUUUUAUUUAGAACUAAUGGCCUUAAAUUUCACAAAACUCCUGAAAUGAUUGUGAAUUGCCUUCAAAUACUGUUUAAACUGAACAAUUUAAAUUUUUUUGUGUCAAUUGUAAUUGUCCUGUAAACGUAACUUUUUCCUUUGCAUAUAACCCGUUUACUAAUUGUUUCUUACUAUCAUAUGUUGUAAUGUACAGUAUAAAACUAAGGUGCAUUUUUUAAGCAUGAGAAUUUUUUUGCUAGAAAGCAUAUCUUCAAUAUUAAUGACAUAUAACUAUGUAAAUGCAGACUCUUCCAUUUUUAAAUAUAUUUAACUUCCUUUAACAAUUUCAUGUGGGAAAUUACAUUUUCCAAAUAAUUAUUCUGUUAACAAAAACAAAAAUCUCUUUUUUGUAAAAAAAAGUCUUGUUUAAUUUUUAUUUUGAAACCGUUUUUACAUAAAUAUGGACGUUAAUUUUCUCACCAAAAUAUGUAUUUCUUAGUGGAUUGAUGUUGCAUGAGUGAAAUUUGAUACUUGGCAACUACAAAUUUUGA